AUUUUGGUCGGUUCCUGCCCGUGAAUCAGCUCUCUGAUUCCCCGUAGCGAUCAGUCGGCGCGCUACAAUUUUCAGUUUGGUUAGUGUGCCGCUUUUUGAGAUUUUGUUUUCGGCUCCAUGUUGAAGUUUUUUUUUUUUGUUUUUUUUUCUCUCUCUCUCUCUAGACUCCCGUAGCCGUGUUCACUCUCUCCACACAGAUACAGUGCACACGCAGAGCUCUCGCCUGAUUUGCACCAGCGUGGGUCAUUUCAGGUUAAACCCUGGCGCUGUGUCCCAUUCACUUUAGCCGACGGAGAUCGACACUGGUUCCAGUUGAGGAGGAAUGCACGGGCACUGGGACUCCAAAUAAUAUUUGGAUACGAGCUUCGUCUUGCAUAUGCGGUGUUUCUCCCGGGGAGCUCAGCGGCUCCUCAGCGCUGCCUGGAGUCAGACUUCACCACUUCCUCUGGUAGGUAGGUUCCCAGAUGUCUGAGGAGGCUCUGAGGAUGACGUCUCAGCCUUGAACCCCACCAGUAUGUCAGAGCCAGCAGAAAAUUGCUCCCCCCGCUGGAAAGAUGAGGCCAUUCAAAAUGGGUACAUUCCAAGUUACCUGGACAAGGAUGAGCUAUGUGUAGUGUGCGGGGACAAAGCCACAGGCUAUCACUAUCGCUGCAUUACCUGUGAAGGUUGCAAGGGCUUCUUCAGGCGGACGAUCCAGAAGAACCUCAACCCAACCUACGCGUGUAAGUACGAGGGGAAAUGCAUCAUCGACAAAGUGACCAGAAACCAGUGCCAGGAAUGUCGCUUCAAGAAGUGCAUCGCGGUGGGGAUGGCAACAGAUCUGGUGUUGGACAACAGCAAGAGGCUGGCCAAGCGGAAGCUAAUCGAGGAGAACCGAGAGCGCCGUCGGCGGGAGGAGCUGCAGAAGACGGUGUGGGACCGACUGGAGCCCACCCAGGAGGAGUGGGACCUCAUCCGUAUGGUGACUGAGGCCCAUAUGUCCACAAACGCGCAGGGCAACCACUGGAAGCAGAAACGGAAAUUCCUGGUCGAGGAAGCAAUGCUUCUUAAUGAAAUAACAUGUAAUUUAUUCUAUACUUCUGACCAGAGUGCAGCGGGGGUGAAGGAAACUAAGCCAGAGGAUAUUGGUCAAGCGUCCAUGGUCAAUGCACCAGAAGGAAACAAAGUGGAUAUAGAAGCCUUCAGUCAGUUUACAAAAAUUAUCACCCCUGCCAUAACCCGAGUGGUGGACUUUGCCAAAAAACUGCCUAUGUUUUGUGAGCUGCCUUGUGAAGAUCAGAUCAUCCUGUUGAAAGGCUGCUGCAUGGAGAUCAUGUCACUGCGAGCGGCGGUCCGCUAUGAUCCCGAGAGUGAGACCCUCACGCUCAACGGCGAGAUGGCGGUCACGCGAGGACAGCUUAAGAACGGAGGCCUCGGCGUGGUCUCGGACGCCAUCUUCGAUCUUGGCGUAUCGCUGUCCUCUUUUAACUUGGAUGACUCCGAGGUGGCUCUUCUACAGGCCGUCAUCCUGCUCUCAUCUGAUCGGCCCGGCCUGAGUAGCGUGGAGCGAAUCGAGCGCUGCCAAGAGGAGUUCCUGCUCGCCUUUGAACAUUACAUCAACUACCGCAAACACAAAGUGGCGCAUUUCUGGCCCAAGCUGCUAAUGAAGGUGACGGACCUGCGGAUGAUCGGCGCCUGCCACGCCAGCCGAUUCCUCCAUAUGAAAGUGGAGUGUCCCACCGAGCUAUUCCCUCCUCUCUUCCUGGAGGUCUUCGAGGACUGACCAAUGGAUUUUAAGCGUAUGUGUGUUUGCGUGCAUGUAUGUGUGUGAAUGUGUUGUGUGCACAUGCGUCAGCGCCCCUGGAGCCCUGGUGGUCUCAGGGUCGGAACCAGCAGAAGGCCCGUCACAAAUGAACUUUCUAUUAGCACUACUGAGUGUCACUUCAUUCCAUAGUUUAGGAGUAGCUCUCUGGUCUAGUUUUGUAUGGAACCAUUCCUUACAGUGCGGGUACAUGUGAAUAGCAUUUUGUUCUUUUUGUUUGUUUUGUUGUUGAUAUUGUUGUGGAUAUAACCUCUCACCUCGGAUUUUACUCUAGGUUUUUUUUUGUGUGUGUCGAUGAUUGUACAGUUGGCAUAAUGGUGGUUUUAUCGACACGUGUUCAUUCAGUAGAAACCAUGCAGAUGUUCUAUUUUCCUUCCAAUAUGUUGAAAGACUCAAACUGGCUGCUCACUUGAUGCACAAAACAAAGACAUUGUUAGCUAUUCCGUUAGCAUUCUCCUCCCACCUGCUCGACUAUAUCUGCUCCAUUUGUUGGUUGAUAUUAACUACCAUCCAUCCGGUGCGUCUGAACCGCUCGGUUUCUCACCAUAUUUACAUUAGCAGCAUCACUCAUAGCUUGCUGAGCCUGUGUGAGUCUCUGGGUUACCACACAAAACAAGUUGUAAGGCUGCGUUCCGACUAAAAUCUUAAUUUUAGCAACACGACAGCAACGCAAAGCGCAACUCUGAGUCGUCAAACAUGAACUUCUCUGAGGUCUUGUUACUGGACGUCACAUCUACAAAGUAACAAAGAAAUGAUGACACUACACGAUAAUGAUGAUUAACUCAAUUGUAAUCUGAAAACAAAACAUUCAUCAGUGACCAUAA